CAGAGCUGGAUCUAAAGCGGCUGACCAGGCGGGAGAACAAGGGACUCGCAGCAGCAGAAACGUGGGAGCUGUCAGAGACUUUCCGCAGCCCCGGGAACGGAGAAGCGAGUCCGUCCAACCCGCCAGACGUGGGACACCGAGUUUGGGGGAAAUAUUGCCUGGAAAUGUGGGACACGGAGUUUUGGGGGGAAUCUGGAGUCUCCUGUUCCCAGCCCAGGAGCGGGUGUCGGACAGACUCUGCCGCCAGCCCUGCACAAGCCGGGCCGGGGAGAUCGCUAGGACCCAGCAGCGGGCUGGGGUCACCGCCAAGGCGGGCUGCAGGAAGUGAUUCGCAUUCGCUCCGCAGUGACUCCGGGUCCCGAAGCCCGGGCUGCAGCUGGGAGGGGGGAAGCUCCAGCCGGGACAGAGCCCCCAGCUCCUGGGGGGGCAGCGCUGGGAGGGAAGUCUCGGCCUUCACAACAUCCCCUGGCAAGGAGUUCCACAGGUUGAAUGCUGAAGAAUCACGUCCACAUUUCGCUCCAGAUCGUCCCAUCUUCCAGGAGACGGGGAAGAGAAAUGGCUGUGGUGUAGCUCAGGGCAAAAAAUCUUCUGAAACAAUGACGGCUUGGGCUCAUAACCAGUGGCUGCAGAACUUUUGGAUGCGCAAGUCCACAUUUCUGCAUCUGUGUGCAAAACUCACCAAAAUAAAAGCUGCACUGACAAUGGAAAAGAAAAAAAAUUGCACUAUGGGGAUCUGCAACAACCGAUUCUUAUUGGUCAAUCAGUGGUCUCUCUCCUAAACCAAGGUGGACUGGAUUUCUUUAAUUCAGGGCGGAGCGCCUUGUGAGGUGUCUUCACACUAGCUCACGGUCACAGCGCAAGAACCUAGAGAGCCUCCUGAAGCACGGUGAUCGUUUUGAUUUAAAUGGACUUGAACUGGACGAAGAAUUGAGGACACUGUCACCAAUGUUGCCACAUGCAAAAUCGGUGAUGGACAUUGUACAGUUUAUUCAUACCAGCAAACUUGUUGACAUAUAUCCUACUGUGUACGUUGCCACUCGUAUUCUACCGACAAUUCCUGUACCAGCAGCAUCAGGAGAACGGAGUUUCUCAAAACUAAAGCUCAUUAAAAACUAUCUGCGUUCUACAGUGAGUCAGGAACGCUUGACUGGUCUUGCUAUUCCUGCAAUCGAACAAGACAUCACUUUGUCUUUGUCAUACAAUGACAUUAUUACUGCUUUUGCAGCCAAAAA